GCCGCGGCGCGGCGGACGCGUCGUUCGCUGCGGCGCUGCGGACGGAGUCGUUGAGCCAGGUGGAGACCGACGUGGCAUCCAGGGAGACGUUCGAGCUCGGCGCGCAGCUCGGCCGCGAGGUCGUCGAUGCCGCUCAUUCCGCGGUGGCAUUCCCAGAGGCGGCGGCGGCGCAGCCGCCCGCGGCCUGCCCCGCCGAG